AUGAUCACAGAUGGUGGUGAUGACGACGACGACGAUGAUGAUGAUGAACAGUGGACACAAAUAGCAGCCGAUUUCUGGUUGUACUGGAAUUUCCCGCUUUGCCUGGGCGCUAUAGAUGGCAAGCAAGUGAUGAUAAACGCACCGCCCAUGUCAGGAAGUGACUUCUUUAACUACAAGAAGUGUUUCUCCAUAGUCCUCAUGGCUGUAGUGGAUGCAAGAUACAAGUUCUCUAUAAUCGACGUUGGUGCGUAUGGUCGAGAAUGUGAUAGUGGUAUUUUUGGCCGUACAGAUUUUGGACGACGACUGCAAAGUGGUACUUUAGACAUCCCAGAUCAAGCUGUCCUUCCAGGAUCCCAAGAGACUUGUCCAUACGUGUUUGUUGGUGAUGAGGCGUUCCCAUUGCAGAUCCACAUGAUGAGACCGUAUCCAGGGCACAAUAUACCAAGGGGCCAGAGAAUAUUCAACUACCGACUUUCGAGGGCUCGCAGGAUAUCGGAAAAUGGUUUUGGAAUAUUAGCAGCAAGGUGGCGCAUCUUUCAGAAAUCGAUUGAAGCUUUGCCAUGCAACGUUGAUGAUAUCGUUAAGGCAACUGUUGCACUUCACAACUACCUGAAAUCUAGCGACGCAGCCACAGUUCCAGCAGUUCGAUACGUAUAUCCACAGUUUGUCGAUUAUGUGGGUGAAGAUGGCAGCUUACGUCCUAGAGAAUGGCAAGAGAUCACACGUAAUGACACAAACUGA